AUACCUGUGGGUGUCUCAGCUCUGUUGGAGGGGAGGGGCAGACUGUGGGGCUGGCCAAGGUAGUGUGUGUUGGGGGGGCGGGGGGGGGACAGCUUAUGGCUGCUGGUGGGCAGGCACAAUUACUAGAACCACCUAAAAUAGGAACUCCUCCCCCUCCGAUACCCCCCUCCUCGGGGGAUAGACACUAGAGAGAGAGAGACCCCAGCCCCUCUGGAUCCCCUGCCCCUUAGUACCCCCCUGUCCAACCCCACAGUGUCCUCUGCCCCAGCCCCUGCACCCCCAGCCCUUCCAGACCUCGUGCCCCCCCAGCACCCCCUGCCCCAGUUCCCCCUGCCCCAGUCCAGCUGUUUGUGCACAUUCCUGCCCAGUCCCCAGAGCUUUCGCAGCUGCCAAGCAGGGCCAGCCCCCCAUCUCCUUAACCCCAUCAGUGCUGGCAUCAGGGCAGCUGGAGAGGGGACCCCCUCCCUUGCAGGAUAACACACCCCAUGUCUGGGCAGGAUGUGCCCGGGGGGCUGAGCCAUGGGGGGCUGACCCUGGGCUGCCUGGCCCGGCUGUGGGGCGCUGUCUGGAGGUCAGUGCCCCAGGCUGUUGUUUGCUCGGAGCCAGGCCCCAGGGACCCUGGGUGAGGCCCUGCUUAACAGCAGCUGCAGCCCCUGCUGGAGGGGGGGUUGUGGGGAGCAGUGUGAACGGAGGCUCCCAACCAUGGGGACGCCGGGUCUGGGUGAAAGAGCCCAGGGGUGUGGGGUGAGAUGGGAGCCUGGCUGUGAGCCUGCCCUGGGUGGGGAGCGGGUGCGGGCAGUUUCCCUGCUCUAACAACCAGCCCCCACUCCCCUCCCAGAGCCAGGGAGAGAACCCAGGAGUCCUGGCUCCCAGCCCCCCCUGCUCUAACCACCAGCCCCCACUCCCCUCCCAGAGCCAGGGACAGAACCCAGGAGUCCUGGCUCCCAGCCCCCCCUGCUCUAACCACCAGCCCCCACUCCCCUCCCAGAGCCAGGGACAGAACCCAGGAGUCCUGGCUCUCAGCCCCCCCUGCUCUCACCACCAGCCCCCCCACUCCCCUCCCAGAGCCAGGGAGAGAACCCGGGAGUCCUGGAUCCCAGGCCCCUCCCAGAGCCAGGGAGAGAACCCAGGAGUCCUGGCUCCCAGCCCCGCCUGCUCUCACCACCAGCCCCCACUCCCUGUCAGUGCCUCUUGCCCCCUCCCUUCCAUGGGCUCAACCCCUUCCCAGGGGUGGAGCCGACUCCCUGGCUCCCAGCUGGGCUAUAAAGAGCCUCAGGGAACUGGGUCUGCCAGGGCUCAGCCAGGGGAGCAGGCAGCGGCUGAGGGUGACUGUGGUGGUGGGGGGUCUGGCUGGGGGCCCCGCGCCAUGGACUCCCGGCCCCUGUUCCAUGCCCUGCACGUGGUGGCCGAGGACAACGUGGCCUUCUUCCGGCAGAGCGCCUCAGAGACGGGGCGCCGGUUCGUGGCGGCCUUCACGGCUAUCGGGGAGCACGCCCGCUGCCUGGAGCCGAUCCUGCGCCACUUCGCCAGCGUCUACCACGUCUUCGACCUGGAUGAGGCCACGCCGGCCAACGGGUACCGCAGCCUGGCGCAGACGGCGCGCUGCUGCCUGGCCCACGUCCUGCACAAGAGCCGCUACGUGGCCGCCAACCGCCGCAGCGUCUUCUUCCGCACGGGCCACAACGCAGCCGAGCUGGAGGCCUAUUGCGCCGCCCUGAGCCAGCUGCGGGCGCUGCUGUACCUGGCGCAGCGCCUGCUGACCCACAACCGCCCCGGCUGCCUCUUCCACCAUGAGGAGCGCGGCCUGACCGAGCGGGUGCUGCGGGAGUACGGCACCCUGCACAAGGGCUGCUUCUACGGGCGCUGCCUGGGCUUCCAGUUCGCCCCCUCCAUCCGGCCCUUCCUCCAGACCAUCGCCAUCAGCCUGGUCUCUUUCGGCGAGAACUACAGACGCCACGACUCCGGCCUCAGCAUGGCGGCCAGCUCGCUGUUCACUUCGGGGAAGUUCGCCAUCGACCCAGAGCUGCGAGGAGCCGAGUUCGAGAGGAUCACGCAGAACCUCGACGUGCAUUUCUGGAAGAGCUUCUGGAACCUGACGGAGACCGAGCUGCUGGCUUCCGUGGCCAGCCUGGCAUCCACGCCGGUGCGGGUGAGCCGGGCGCUGACGGUGCCCCCUGAGCCCUUCGAGCUGCCGCUGGCUGCUGACCCCUCGCUGAGCAUCACUAUCAGCCCCCCGGUGGCGCACACUGGCCCAGGGCCCGUCCACAUGCGCCUCAUCUCCCACGAGCUGCGUGAGGGGCAGGACAGCGAGGCGCUCUCCGCGUUGGCCCAGGCUGAGGGCCCGCUGGGGCUGGAGCUGUGGCGCAAGGCGGCGCCCGCGCCCCCCUCGCCCCUCCUGCUGGUUCACUUCCACGGCGGCGGGUUCGUGGCGCAGACGUCCAAGUCCCACGAGCCGUACCUGCGGGGCUGGGCGCAGGAGCUGGGCGCCCCCGUGCUCGCCGUUGACUACGCCCUGGCGCCCGAGGCCCCGUUCCCCCGCGCCCUGGAGGAGUGCUUCUACGCCUACUGCUGGGCCCUGCGUCACUGCCGCCUGUUGGGCUCCACGGCGCAGCGGGUCUGCCUGGCGGGGGACAGCGCAGGCGGGAACCUCUGCCUCACCGUGACCAUGCGGGCAGCCGCCUUCGGCAUCCAGCUACCCGACGGCAUCAUGGCGGCCUAUCCUGUCACCCUGGUGCGGGCCGCGGCCUCGCCCUCCCGCCUGCUCACGCUGCUCGACCCCCUGCUGCCCCUCAGCGUGCUCUGCAAGUGCCUCAGCGCCUACGCCGGCACGGAGCCGGCGGAGGGCGAGCCCCCUGGGCUGGAGAAGCUGGGCCCAGUGAACAUGAUGCGGCGGGACACAGCGCUGCUGUUGCGGGAGCUGCGGCAAAGCGCCUCGGCCUGGCUGGGGGCGCUGCUGGACGGCCCGGGGCGCAGCAACGGGGCCGGUGCAGAGGCCCUGCGGACGAGCGUCUCGGAGGCAGUGCUGGACGAUGACUCAGCUGUCAAAUCCAGGGGCUCCCACAAGAGCCAGACCUGCCAGGAUCUAUUGUGUGGGGUGUCAGCCCCCCUUGCCCCUGCAUCUGCCCCCCCUCAGGGCAGCCCCCCUACCUUCUUCCUGAGUGGGGGGCAGCUGGAGGAAGAGGCCCCUGGGGACGAGGUGCUGCAGUAUCCUGAUGGCUUUGAGCCGCUGCGCUCGGACCAGCCCUCCACCAGCAUCACCCUGGAGGCAUCGCCUGUGGUGAAGAACCCCUUCAUGUCGCCCCUCCUGGCUCCGGACAGCAUGCUGCGAGGGCUGCCGCCGGUCCAUAUCGUGGCCUGUGCCCUGGACCCCAUGCUGGACGACUCGGUGAUGUUUGCCCGGCGGCUGCGGGAGCUGGGCCAGCCAGUGACACUGCGGAUUGUGCAGGACUUGCCGCACGGCUUCCUGAGCCUGUCCCAGUUGUGCCGUGAGACCCGCCAGGCGGCCGCGCUCUGCACCCGCGUCAUCCGUGAGAUCCUGCUGCCCACGCCGCCCACCGCCCCGCCCUCGCCCCGCAAGCACCGCAAGCUGGAGCGGACGCUGCCCUCAGGGGCUGCCAUGGGCCAGGUCGCCACGGGUCUGGCCACGCCCAGCCUCAAGAGUCCCACCCCAGCUGCCUUGGAGACCAUACCCGGACAGGGGGGUCGGGCCCCAGUGGAAACCCCCAACAGGCGGGAGCCGGGGCCCCAGAGUGGCCCGGCGGGCAGGGAGGUGGGGGCGUGAGCCCCGGCCGUGGUCAGGGAUUUCCUGGGAGCCCCUUGGUGCUUUUCUCUCUGUAGCUUCCGAGUAGGGGGAGGAGGGAAGGGCCCCACGCUGAGAGCCUGGCUGCCCCCCCAGUCCCCAGGGACUGGUCUGUAGCGGUUUUUGCUGGACAGGUGUUUGCUGCUGUCUGUAUCCUGUGGCCUGAGGAGGGGGUGUCUCCCGUCCCCCUCCCCCAGUCCCUCCUGGGCUCCCACACUCCAGCGCUGCUCGGGACGGGUCCCCCUGCGCUCCAAGGGACGCCCCAGGUGCCAGGCCUGAGCUGAGGGUGCAGCCCCAGGCCCCACCUUCCACACUGACUCCAGGGGUGGAGCAGACAAGCUGGGCUGCCACCCCAUACUCUGGGGGUGGGGGUAGGGUGUGAGCUCUUUGCCCCCCUCCUUUCCCUGUGUGCAGUGGGGGGAGUCCAUUUCAGCCCAUCUGCCCCCCUAGACUACUCACUCCCCUGCCUGCUGGUGCUGUGAACCAAAUGGAAGGUUGGGGGUGCGCUCCCUCCUGGGGGCGCUCCAGGGACCCCCAUCCACAACUUUCAGUUUUGUAAAUAAAAGGCUGUUUGAUAUUGAGCAAA